UACCUACUUGAUAAAGAAAUGUAAAAAUAAAAAGGCUAACAAUGUAUAUGUGUAAGAAUUCACUAAGCGAGGAUUUUAUCAUUUUUUUGUGUCAACAGUCUGCUUGUAGCUUUAAAAUCAUUGUUCUUCUGUUGAAAUUUAUCGAAUCAAUUUUAUUUUGUAAAAGUAAACAUUAAAAACUGUCUUCAAUUAUGUUUCAAAUGUUCAUACCAGCUGAUUUUUUGGAACAAAAAGCAUAACCUUGCAUACACCUGCUUACUUUGCCUGUUGUGUUCUUGGUUAUCUAUAUAACCAAGUCAAUUUUUUCUGUGUCAAAAUGUUGAUUAAAUUUUGUGUUUUUUUUAUCAUCAGAUUCACAUGACUGUAACUUAAUUCACUUAUCAUAAUUUUAGGAAAGAUCAUGUGUCAAAAAAGAUAAAGAUCAUGUUACCAGGGUAACAGAAUCAAGGACAACUUCAACUACUGCUGUCCAGGAUAAAUCUAUUGAGAUGAAAAUAAGAAAAGAAGACGGAGCCAUCAAAACAGUUGCAUUUCAGGCUGAAUAUGAAGGUUUAUCAUCAGAUGAAGAUACUACACUCCAACUUACUAGUCAGGCAGGUGGAGGCAAAGAAGAUAAAGUUUUAAUUUUGGUUGAAAGAUUGUCAAUGUAUGAGGCAGGAGUUCAGAGUGCUAAGUCAGCAGGUGAUACCUCUAAACAGAAAAGAUAUGGUAGAGCCCUUAAGACAAUACAAGAUUUACUACAGCAGACGCAUCAAGGAAAGCUAGUUGAUGAAAGUGAUAUACCACCUAGAAUACCUGUUGAUGAGCCAAAGAAACAAAGACCAGAAGGGGCAACAAAGCAAAGUGAAAUACAACCAACUGUCAAGCCUACUACAAAAUCACACAGUGAACAACCAAGUACAUCACCUUCUUCACAACAAACCCUAGAAUUGAACAAUGAACCAACAUCACCAUCACAUGAAAUAGAAACAGAGCAGAUGAUAGAAACAAAAAGAGAUCAGUACAAAACAACAACUCUGCAGCCAAAGCAGUCUGGGGAUAUUAACACAGCUAUAAGUAAUGUACAGACAGCCAAGAUUCCAUCACAAAUGAGUGGUCAUGGUUCUCCUCAGGACAGGAAACCAGUUCCUAAAAUAGCUGAUCAAGUAGGCUUUGGAGGGGAGAAAAUGAGUACUGGUAAAAGGCCUGACAGAAAAUUUGAGGAUUCUCCAUAUAUUCAGGAGGAUUCCUUGAGAAUAGAUAUAAGUGACAGCGAAGGGGACACUAGUGAAGCUUCGUUGCCAACAAUGAACAUUGUGAAAAAGAUGAAAAGGGUUGAAACAGGUUGUAACCUGCUGACCUUGGAAGAGAAGAAGAAAUUGAGACAUGAUAUGGCAAAGGAUUUUGUCCCAGGGAAACCUGGAUUGAUUUCAAAAGAAUUUAUGGUCCUGAAUAAGGAUUCAAUUUAUUCAAGAUAUUUUGACAGUUCCACCACAAUUAAGGGUCUUUACAAUUGGAUAGUGGCAACAAUUCCUUAUGAAAUGUUGCCAGCUAAGUUCAUCCUAAAAUGUUUACAAUCAUGCAAGGAGGUGGACUGUUGCCACGCUUUUCCAAUAUCAACAGUGAUGGACAGAGAUGUAUUUUUACGCUCCGUCCCAACAAAGUUAAUGAUCUCUCCAAUUUGUGACAAUCCUGAAACUACCUUUACCUGUUAUGAUGAGGUGUAUUUCAGUUAUGGAGACCUUUAAGGAACAGGACCAGUAAAUGAAAGCAGACUAAUGUGUAUUUAAAUUAAAGAAAACAUUGUAAAAUAUUGCAAGAAUAAUUUUUUUAUUGAUUUAUACAUGUACUUG